AUGGCGGACCGCUACAGGCUCAUCCACACCGUGCCAGCGUCCCACUUGGUCGUUACGAAAGACACCGUCUUUGAAACAGGUGUCGGUGUCUACGAUCAGGGUAAGUACAUCCAAGUGGCCUUCGAGCUUACAGGCCAAGGCCAAUUCAGGCCCGUAGCGGCAGCUGGGGCAGACCCUCACACAGGCUCGGCAGGCCAACUUGAAGAUGUUGAGAAAGCCGCUGUGGCAGCUCUUAAAGGUGUGCAGUUUGAACUCAAGAGCGCGCACCCUUACAAAACACCGGCCUAUGAAGUUUACAGGUUGGUGAGCGUUUAG